AUGCUGAGGUCCUACAUAACUCGUUUCAACAAGGAGGCCCUCUCAAUUGACGAGGCGGACAACAAGAUACUCGUGGUAGCAUUCACUAAUGGGCUACGAAAGGGUAAGUUCCUAUUUUCUCUAUACAAGAACAAUCCAAAGACCAUGUCGGAAGUGUUUUACAGGGCUACCAAGUAUGUGAACGCAGAGGACACACUACUGGCCCGCGAAGAUAAGCCUAGAAAAAGAGAGAGACAGGAGGAUUCACAACAGGAUAGGGGGCGCAAAAUGAUCAAAGACGAAGGAACUCUGAUGUUCCCCGACAAGUUAAAGGGAGAUCCCAGCAAGAGACAAAGGGAUAAGUAUUACUGCUUCCAUCGAGACCACAGGCACGACACAGCUGACUGCUACAAUCUAAAACAGCAGAUAGAGGCCCUUAUAAGACAAGGGAAAUUACAGAGGUUCGUGAGCAAAGAGAAAGCGGAUCCGCCCCAAGGGCAAACCCUGCGACGGGAGAAUGAGCACCCAAGGCCGCCCAUUGCAGACAUAAGAAUGAUCGUAGGGGGCAUGGCAACCUCUAGGUCGUCCAAAAAAGCCAGAAAAACCUACCUAAGAAUAGUCCAGAAUGUCCAGCUCACAGGCACUAUACCCAAGAUGGCACGAAUCGACAACCCUGUCAUCGGAUUUUCAGAAGAAGAUGCUCGAAAGCUGCACCACCCGUAUGACAACGUGCUUGUUGUCCGCCUAAGGGUAGGAGACUACAACAUGCACCGGGUUCUGGUCAACAACGGUAGUUCGGCAGACAUCUUGUAUUACCCGGCUUUUCAGCAGAUGAGAGUUGACAGAGAACAAUUGGUCCCGGUUAAUGCCCCUCUAAUUGGCUUCAGAGGGAUGGGAGUGUUCCCCAUCAAUGCCGUCACAUUGACAGUAACAGUGGGAGAUUACCCCCAACAGAUUACUAAGGAAGUAACAUUCCUGGUGGUCGACUGUUCGUUCACUUACAAUGUGCAUAGAGGAACGACGAACAAUAGCAGAGCUAGUUGA